UUCGACAAUCACAAUUGAGUCGACUUCGCAAACUGUAAAUGCGUAAGAUUCGUCAUUUAUGGCUUAUAAAACUUAUUAUUUAAUAGUUAAUAGUUAAUAAUUAAUAUUCAAUUUAUUAGUUAUUAAAUUAUACAGUAUUUUAUCCUAUACUGGCGGUUCAACGACAUAAUAUCUUGUUCAAUCGUUCUUUUUUCGAUCGAAUGUUCGUACUGUGAUUUGUACAUCUCGUAUAAGUACAGUUAUAACUUGGAUAAGUAACUUUGGGCUGUAAUUCUGGAGAACAAUCAUGGCCGAAAGUUCGAGCCUGUGGAGGACCAAGCAAAGGAUUCGUCAUUUAGACCUACCGAUCAAAAAUUUUGUCGAGAAUGCAAUUCCUUACCAAGUGGAGUCUUUGAAAACGUUAAAAUCCAAUCUUUCCAAGCAAAGACGUUUAGAAAACCGUAGCAGUAUGCGUCAAUUACAAAUGAAAGCCUCACAAUCCAUCAAUCGUGCUAGAGCAUUACUCAGGGAGAUGGAAACCUUAAGAAAUCAAGUUUCUGAUGUCGAUCUACAGACUUUUGAUGACUCAAUGAAUCCAAGCAAACAACUGUUAUUGGAAGCAAUUGAUAUGUUUAAAAAUGAAGAUUUAGAUGAAUACAGAUCUAGUGCUAUACCAGAAGAAACUUAUAAAGACAAUAUUGAACAAUUAGAAGUAGAACAUCAAAAACGCAUGUUAUUAAUAUCUAUUGAAGAAGAAAAACAAAAACAGGAAAAAAUGUUAGCUAUUGAAUCCGAUGUUAAAAAUGUUGAGAAAGACAUACAAGGCAUUCAGGAUCUGUUUCGUGAUCUCAGUAAAUUAGUAAAUGAACAAAAAGAAGAUGUUGAAAAAAUUGAUGCUCAUGUUGAGACAACACAUGAAAACGUAAUUCAAGCCGAACAAUCAUUACGUAAAGCAGCAAAAUUGAAGAAAAUGUCUUACCCGCUUAUUGGAGCUGUAGUCGGAUCUUGUGUUGGAGGUCCAUUAGGAUGUUUGGCUGGUGCCAAAGUUGGAGUAUUUGCCACUGUUACUUGCUUUGUACUUGGAUUCACCGGUGGUAAAGUACUGAAAGACAAAUCUAAUGCUGUAGAAGAAACAGAAAACACCACCAACGAUUUGGUUAAUCAAACAGUGAAAUCGCAUAGCGAAUGAUCGCUAUUUUAAUUAAGCAUUAUGACAGAUUGAGAUUAAAAAGAAAGGGAAUGGCUGACGACUUGUUAUUCAACUUUUAUAUUUUAUUUACUUAAUAUUUUUAUAAGUCUAUAUAUGUUAUAUU